AUGACUUCGCUCGUGCAAGGAUUGAUCGAGGGCCUGGCGCAGGACUAUGCGACCGACAAGUGGAACGACUUCGCUGGCGAGCGUUUUCAGCCCACGAAGGACCCGUUCUACGAGGUGUCUCGCGAGGGCAAACGCAAGCGACGUAAACUGCCCGAGUUCUGCUCGCCUCGCGAGAAGAAGUUGUGGAAAAAGCUGCAAAACCGUGCCUGGAAAGACGACCGGUGUCUAUGUGGAUGUCUGUGGCUCAACUGGGGGCUCGGACUCGCACCCAUGUUAUCCAUCAUCCCCACCAUUGGGCCCAUUAUCAUGUAUAAAGUACACUCAAAGCUCAUCUCAAUGGCCGACAAGGAAUUGACGCUACCUGCCGAACUGGUGGCCAAGUUGCACGCCAACAUCGUGCUGGAUCUACUGAUCUCGCUGCCCCCGGUGCUGGGCAUCAUAUUUGCAUGGAUGAACGCCUGCUCGACCCGGAACUGCGCAAUGGUGUACAACUUCGUUGCGGAACGGGCCACCACCAGCUACAACGUGCGCGUGGCGCGACAGGAGGCGAUGUGUCCGGCUAAGAGGUCUAACGCGACCCACGCAGCCCAAACGGCCCAAACGGCGCCACGAAGGCCUCCACCAACGCACUGA